AUGGAACCUAGACUUUGUUUUACUUUCAGGUGAAGGUCCAUUUCUCCAUGUUAUAUCAAUCUUUUAUUUAUUAGCAUGAGUUUCAAAAUUUUGAGUAAAAUUUGA